AGGAGGCGGGACAGUUCAAUGGACCUGGCGAACAUAUGGAAGUGGUUACUGACGCUGUUGCUUGCUCUGGAAAGUCUACCGGAAUACAACUGCCAUUUGAAAAUGUCUUUUAUAAAAGUAGUCGAAAAGUCCGAUUUCUCCUAUUACAAUCUUCCCUAUGGGAUAUUCUCCACUGCAGAUAACCCGAGGCAUCGCAUCGGGGUGGCCAUUGGAGAUCAGAUAUUAGACCUGAGUGUGAUCAAGUCCCUGUUCACAGGACCUAGUCUUUCCAAACACCAGGAGGUCUUUGAUCAGACGACGCUGAAUGGCUUCAUGGGCCUGGGCUACAAUGCGUGGAAGGAGGCCAGGAGGACUCUGCAGGUUCUGCUCUCAGCCAACGAGACCACGCUGAGGGAUGACGUCACCAUGCGUUCCAGAGCGUUUGUGCCACAGAGUUCAGCCCGUAUGCAUCUUCCUGCAGAGAUCGGUGACUACACAGACUUCUACUCUUCCAAGGACCAUGCCACCAACGUUGGCAUCAUGUUCAGAGGGAAGGAGAAUGCCCUGAUGCCAAACUGGCUACGUCUUCCUGUUGGUUACCAUGGUAGAGCGUCCUCCGUGGUGGUCUCAGAGACCCCCAUACGGAGACCCUCUGGGCAGAUGAGACCCGACCAAAGCAAACCCCCGGUGUUCGGUGCCUCCAAGCAGCUGGACAUUGAGCUGGAAAUGGCGUUCUUCGUCGGCAAGGGGAACCCUCUGGGCGAGCCCAUUCCCAUUGAGAAGGCCCAUGAGCACAUCUUUGGAAUGGUGCUCAUGAAUGACUGGAGUGCUCGGGACAUCCAGGCGUGGGAGUACGUCCCACUGGGGCCCUUCCUGGGGAAGAACUUCGGGACCACCAUCUCCCCCUGGGUGGUCCCCAUGGAGGCCCUCCUCCCCUUUAUCGAGCCCAACGCCGUUCAGGACCCAGAACCCCUCCCCUACCUGCGCCACACUGAUUACUACGCCUUCAACAUUAACCUGUUUGUCUCACUCAAAGGUGAGGACAUGACGGAGGAAGAUACCAUAUGCAAGUCCAACUUCAAGUAUAUGUAUUGGACCAUGAAGCAGCAGCUGGCUCAUCACAGCGUCGGCGGUUGCAACAUGCGACCAGGAGACCUGCUGGCGUCUGGGACCAUCAGCGGACCUGACCCGGAGUCGUUCGGUUCGAUGCUGGAGCUGUCCUGGAGGGGGUCCAAGAACCUGGAGCUCAGCGGGGGACACACCAGAACCUUCCUCCAGGACGGAGACCAGGUCAAGAUCACAGGUUACUGCCAGGGAGACGGAUACCGGGUGGGCUUUGGGACUUGCGUCGGCACCAUUCAGCCGGCGCUGCGACCAUGAAACCACCGUGCGGUCCCCAGAGACGCCCAGCUGUCCACCGUCUGUCCGUCCAUCACGAGCAAAUCAAUCAUCUCACCACUAUUGGCACGGUGCUCCGGCUAACCUGAUUUCGUUCUCCCUCUAUUGGUCCUACUACACAAUGGACGACAAGGGUCAUUAUCUAGUAGGUUUUCAACCAAUCGGAAACGGCAAUUGCACAACGUGUAGUUGGUGCAUAAGUAUAUGAAUUUUGAUGAUUCUUCAAUGAGUCCGCAAAGGGUUUGAGAUCGUUUUUUUUGCCCUGUGGAGACUCAGCCCUUAAAUCAUUUGUGACCGUCUCAUCAAUUAAACUCAGGAGCCCCUUUUGGCCCCUUUAAAAGUGCCUUUAUUCAAAAGGUUGUUACUGAAAUAAAAUGUAAAAAAAGAAAUUACUGAAACUUUUUAACUUUCAAAAAGGGUGCUUUUUCUCGAAGUUCAAGUCGAUGUAACUUCAAUCUGUUUCUUGGCUCGUUAAAUAAAAUACAAUCUUGUAUUUGUAA